AUGCAUGUGAAACGUACUGGAACCCGGUCAUAAACCUUUGAAUAGAUUGUUGUCAUUGGUGGAGAAUGCUUUUGUUGAUUCUACUGUUGAAUGUUGAUUUGCACGGUCAUUUUUUAUGGCAUAACUGUAAUGGUAUUCCGGUGAUAUAUUAUUUAGUUGUUUUUCUGUUAUUGAUGGCCGAUCAAAAACCAAAACUUAAUGUUAGUAGAUGAAAUGCUUGGAUUGGUUUCGGGUUUUUCGUAUAUAUGCAUUUCAAUGUUAAUAAUUUGUUCAUUGUAUCAGGUAUGGACGGGUCCGCUAAGACGACGGCAAGGAGUGCAUCCAAUAAACUCCGGAAUUCAAUGUCAAAGAGAGGUAGGAGGAGCAGUAAGGUAUUGUCUAUUGAAAUUGAUGAUGAGCGAAAUCCGGAGGAGUUGCAGUCGGUUGAUGCCUUGCGUCAGACACUUAUAUCGGAGGACAAGCUACCUGCAAGACAUGAUGAUUAUCAUACAUUGCUCAGGUUCUUGAAGGCCAGAAGAUUUGACAUGGAGAAAACAAAGGAAAUGUGGACUAAUAUGCUCCAAUGGAGGCAGGGAUUUGGUACCGACACAAUUAUUGAGGACUUUGACUUCAAGGAGCAUUCAGAAGUGUUGAAAUAUUAUCCCCAAGCGUACCAUGGGGUAGAUAAGGAUGGACGGCCAGUUUAUAUAGAAAGACUAGGUAUGGUAGAUGCUGGCAAGCUCAUGCAAGUCACUACAAUGGACCGCUAUCUCAAAUACCAUGUAAGGGAGUUUGAGAAGACCUUCCAAAUGAAGUUUCCAGCUUGCUCAAUUGCAGCCAAGAAGCAUAUUGAUCAAAGCACAACAAUCUUGGAUGUGAAUGGAGUGGGUCUUAAGAGCUUCACUAAAGCUGCAAGGGACCUUGUAGGUAGUCUUCAGAAGAUUGACGGUGAUAAUUAUCCUGAGACAUUAAACCGCAUGUUCAUCAUCAAUGCCGGUUCUGGAUUUAGAAUGUUGUGGAACUCUGUCAAAUCUUUCCUUGAUCCUAAGACCACAGCCAAGAUCAAUGUUCUUGGUAACAAAUUUCAGAAAAAUUUACUUGAAAUAAUUGAUGAAAGUGAAUUACCCGAUUUUUUGGGAGGCACUUGCACUUGUGCUGAACAUGGUGGUUGCAUGGUUUCCGACAAGGGUCCAUGGAAGGACCCAGAGAUCAUAAAGAUGGUUCAAAGUGGUGCACAUAAAGGCUCAAAGCAAUCUCAGGCUGAAAGCAUUGAAGAGAAAACUUCAGAGGAUAAAACUGUGCUCACAGAGGCUACGCCAGUGGCUAGUGAUUCCUUGGAUGCAGUGCCAGUUCCAGAUGCAGCAGAUAAACAAUCAAAUAAUCAAAUUGAGCAUUCGGAAUCCGCCCCUGUGCUGGAUAUUGUCCCAAAGGCCUCAAUGGAAAUUGUUCCAGUGGUUAAAGAACCUACGGAUAUGGCUUUGCAGAAAAGACAGCAAAAUGAAAAUUUUGCUCCUCUACCAAAAGAUUCUUUUACCAAGCAAGAAAAUCGCAAGACCCCUGAUGUGAUUAGCUCUCCUCUUUUCAAUGGUGUGAUGACCUUUGUUAUGGGAGUUGCCACCAUGGUGAAAGUGACACGUAACAUGCCGAUAAAGGCCAGCGAUGUCAGGCCUGCACUUCCGGCUCCCUUAACGGUUAAGAUCAAGGAAAUUCCACCCCAAGCAAGCAUCACUCCUAAUGAGUUGGAGUCAGUCAUGAAACGUAUGGCUGAGUUGGAAGCCAGACUAGCUGCUAUCAACAUGCAAUCUACAACAAUGCCCCCUGAGAAGGAAGAAAUGUUGAAUUCUGCUCUAAGGCGGGCUGAUGCUUUGGAGCAAGAGCUUAUGGCAACCAAGAAGGCUCUAGAGGACUCAUUUGCUCAGCAGCAGGAGCUCGCGGAAUAUAUUGAAAAAAGGAAGAAGAAGAAGAGGACUUUAUUGGUAAGCUAUUAA